UUCCCUCUCUCCCUCCUCCUCCUCCUCCUCCUCCUCCUUUCCUCCUCCUCCUCCUCCUCCUCCCGCUCCCCUCUUUUAUCAUCCUGGCUGGCUGGGCGCUGCGCUGGCGAGUUGACUCCUUCCCUCCCCCCCGCCCCGCGGCCCCCCUCCCCCCGCCCGCGCCGUGAGCACCGGCGGCGCGGAGGCGAGAGCCCACUUGCGAGGCGGCAGAAGCAGCAUAAGGCAGCGCGGCGGCAGCGGCGGCGGCGGCGGCGGCGGCGGCGGCAGCACCCGAGCGGCGGCGGCGGCGGCGGCGGCGGGAGCGGGAGCGGCGGCGGCGGCGGCGGGGACACGGCGCGGCGGGAGCGGCGGAGCGGCUGAGCGGGGCAGAGCGGAGCGCGGCGCGGCGGGGGACGGAGAGGAGGAACAAAUAAAACAAUCACAAUAAUACUGAUUAAUAAUAAUAACAAUAAUAAUAAUAAUAAAAAAGCGAGGAGAGGAGGAAAAAAAGCAAAGAGCCAACCCCCCCACCCCCGAGCCAAAAAGAGGGAGAGAGAGAGAGAAAGAGAGCAGCGCCCGGGCGGAGCGGCGGAGAGGAAGAAUUAAAGCGAGCGAAGGAGGGAGGAGAGACAGAGGAGAGAGAGAGAGAGGAGGAAAGAGGAGGAAAAAAAAAAAAAAAAAGCCCACAAAAACAAAGCGAUCGCAGUUGAUGUUGCUGCUGCAAGCUGGACUUCCAAAAACUACGGCGAGACCGUCCGCUCUCCGCGCCGAGAAAAGUCUCCUCAGCUGUGCGUGUUUUUUUCCGCUGUGUGUGUAAUCUUUAACCUUUUAUUCAUUCUUAUUUUGAUGGCUUUCCUGAAUGGCUGACUGCGAGCUUCCCUGGACCUGGCCCCCAGACACCCGCCUCUCCUCCUUCAACUACUCUGCUGCAGAUCAGCUCUAAGAGAGAGAGAGGGAGAUCUUUGAAGAGAUUUUUUUUUUUUUCUCCUCUCUCUCUCUCUCUCUCCCUCUCUCCCCCACCCCCACCACCCCUUUACUUUGCUCUCCUGGAGCCCAGACAAUCGACUCGCAACUCGCCCCCCCGCACACACACCUCCAUCGCCCCGUGCUUCUGCACCUUCGCCGGUACCGGGAGAUCCCCCCCAGCCCGACCCUCCUAAAAAAAAAAAAAAAAAAAAAAAAAAAAAAAAGGCAAAACAACAAAAGAGAGAGGGGGAGAGAGAGAGAGGGGAGGACAGAGAAAAAAAAAAAAAGACUGCUGCAAAGCUGAUCUGAAAAGCAAAGCAAACAAACUUUGAAAAUAAAGGGGGAACAGGAAGUUUGGCAACGGUGUCCAAUAGAUAUGGCAAUGGUAGUCGGUGCGUGGCGAGACCCCCAGGACGAUGUGCCCGGAGCUCAGGGAACGCAGCCUUCGCAAGCCCCGCCGGUGCAGGGACCUCCGGCCGGGGCCCCGCACACCCCACAGACCCCGGGGCCCGGGGGCCCUCCCAGUACGCCAGCCCAGACCAACCCGCCAAGCCAGCAGAACCAAGGAGACAAACAGCAGCAGCAGCAGCACAUUGAAUGUGUGGUUUGUGGGGACAAGUCUAGUGGCAAACAUUAUGGCCAGUUUACCUGCGAGGGUUGCAAGAGUUUCUUCAAGCGGAGUGUAAGGAGGAAUCUCAGCUACACUUGUCGUGCCAACAGGAACUGUCCCAUUGACCAGCACCACCGCAAUCAGUGUCAGUACUGCCGCCUCAAAAAAUGCCUCAAAGUUGGCAUGAGACGGGAAGUUUCUUCUUUAUUUACUGCAGCGGUCCAGAGGGGCAGAAUGCCACCCACACAGCCAACUCAUGGUCAGUUCGCCUUGACAAACGGGGACCCUCUCAACUGCCAUUCCUACCUAUCCGGAUAUAUCUCCCUUCUUCUGAGAGCAGAGCCCUACCCCACCUCCCGCUUUGGCAGUCAGUGCAUGCAACCCAACAACAUCAUGGGCAUCGAGAACAUUUGUGAACUGGCAGCUAGGAUGCUCUUCAGCGCGGUGGAGUGGGCCAGGAAUAUCCCCUUCUUCCCAGACCUCCAGAUCACAGACCAGGUGGCCCUCCUGAGGCUGACCUGGAGCGAGUUGUUUGUCCUCAACGCUGCCCAGUGCUCCAUGCCCCUCCACGUAGCUCCGCUCCUGGCAGCUGCGGGCCUCCACGCUUCGCCAAUGUCUGCUGACCGAGUGGUCGCCUUUAUGGACCACAUACGAAUCUUCCAAGAGCAAGUAGAAAAACUGAAAGCAUUGCAUGUCGACUCUGCAGAAUAUAGCUGUUUAAAGGCCAUAGUCCUCUUCACCUCAGAUGCCUGUGGUCUCUCUGAUGUAGCCCAUGUUGAAAGUUUACAGGAGAAGUCACAGUGUGCUUUGGAAGAGUAUGUUAGGAGCCAGUAUCCCAACCAGCCAACACGAUUCGGGAAGCUAUUACUACGUCUCCCCUCCCUUCGCACUGUCUCCUCUUCUGUCAUAGAGCAAUUGUUUUUCGUCCGUUUGGUAGGUAAAACCCCCAUAGAAACCCUAAUCAGGGAUAUGUUACUGUCUGGCAGCAGUUUUAACUGGCCUUAUAUGUCCAUUCAAUAAAAUAUUCGAGAGAGAAAACAAAAAAAAAAUUUUAAAAAAUUAAAAAUUGAGAAGGGAGAUGAAAGAGAGUGAAAGGAAAGCAAAUGACAUUUGGGUUCUGGUUGUUUCUUAAAUUUCCUUCUGCUAAGAAAGGAUGUAAAAGGAUGUUACAAGUUUGCUAAGAGAAGACAGGAAAAAAAAUUAAUGGACUGUGAAUUUAAAAAAGAGACUGUCAAAUGAACUUUUACAGAAUGCAUUAAAAACUCCCGUGUCGUUCAGAAAAAAAACUUGCUACUUAUCAUUUUUUUGUAAAAAAAAAAAAAAGAGAGAAAGAAAAAAGAAAGAAAGAAAAAAGAGAAAGAAGAAGAAAAGAAACGAUGGUGGGCUUUUUUCUUUUUUCUUCUUUUUUUUCUUUUUUGGGGGUAAACUUUUUAAAAAAUCUCGCUUAAAGUGCAUUUAAAGGAAAUUUGGAGAAAAUUAGCAGAACGGAAGAAAGUAAGUCUUUUUUUUCCAAAUUAUUAAUUGUCCUAUGUGUCUAUGUACCUAUAGCUGUUCUUUUUUGUAUUUUUCUGGUUUCAAACCAGUUUAUUCUGUGGUUCUAUAAUAAUUUUUGAUAUAACCUUGGCUUCUUUAAAAAAAAAAAACUGUGUAUCCUUAAAAUAUAUGUUCUGAAAGAAUUAAAACUGAGUCCACGAAAGUAUCAUAGAAGAAAGGAAAAGAGAAAGAAAAAAAAAAAAACCCUCAACAACACAAUGAUGGAAGCGCACUUAAGGUGGUGACCCAAAAUCUAGCUUGAAGCUGAGAGAGCUAUAAUUAUAUAGACCCGAAUGAACCACACGUGUCAUAUAACUACCCCCAAAUCUAGGUUUUUUGGUAUUUCGGACAGAAAAAAAUGAACUGUGGGGUUUUAUUAUAGGUAGAAGGAAUUUGUGUCCAAGACACACUACGGUUUUGAUUUAAAAAGCAAACAAACAAAGUGAACUUUUGUAAUUUGAAUUGGGUUCCACAUAGUUCAUCAUGAAUUGUUAUUAAACUCCUCUAUCUGUUUGUAUAUUUGCAAGCCCUUUGUAUUAUAAUAAUUGUUGAUAUUUUCCCUUUUUAAAAAAUACCAUUGAAAUCAGCAUGACAAAAUAACACUGUUGGCACUUAUAGAUAACGUGAUUGAUUCAGUAUCUUAGAGUUUACAGUUUUGUGUUUAAAAAAACUGAAGGUUUUUUUUUUAAGUGCAACAUUUCUGUAUACUGUAAAAGUUAUAAUAACUGAACUGUUUGGUCGAGUCUUUGUGUGUUAUAUUCCAAGGAAAAUUGAAAGUAUUCAGAAAUUAAAAUAUUAUUUGAUAUCUGAAA